AUUAUUAAUUUAAAUUUAGGCUGUGGUGGAAUCUUAACUGAACCUAGUGGAACUUUUGAAAUGAAACACGCUGCUUUUAGUAAUACAAGGAAUUUUAUGAUUGAAUGUGUAUGGUCUAUAACUGUAGAAACAGGAAAAGUUAUUGAAUUAAGGUUUUUGAAUUUUCAACUUGAUGAUAAUUUUUGUUAUGAAGAUACUGUUUUUAUUUAUGAUGGGAGUAAUCGAGAUUAUUCAAAAUUAUUAGGAAGAUAUUGUGGAACUGAAAUACCACCUAUUUUCAAAUCAACUCAAAAUUCUCUUACUGUAUAUUUCCGAAGUUAUGAAGGUGCUAAUGAUAAAGGUUUCAAAGCUGCUUAUAGGACAACUUAUGGUAAGACAUUUUAUUAAUUAGUUACAGGGUAAUUCAAAGAUGUUUGUAAAUAGUUCAUCUUGUUAUACAGUCACUUAUAAAUCACAGAAUAUGAUAUAAGUGAUACAUUUAUAUUUAACUAA